AUGCAUUCAUCAACUCUAUUAGUAAAGGCAUUAUAUGAUUUUGAUUCGAAUGAAACUAAUUUAUCUUUCAAAAGAAAUGAUAUCAUACAAGUGUUCACCCAACUGGAAUCGGGUUGGUGGGAUGGAGUGUGUAAUGGCGAACGUGGUUGGUUUCCAAGUAACUAUGUUACUACUUAUGAAGAGGAUGAUAUGUUGGAAGAUGAAGAUAAGUUAGGGGAUUGGAUUCCUCAACAAACCCCAGAUGGGGAUAUCUUUUAUUAUAAUACAAGAACAGGUGAAUCGUCAUGGGAGUUACCAGCAGAUGAUAGUGAAUCCUUUACAACGAUAAACAGAGACACAAUAAGUAGUAAUGAUAGUUUAAAACAAUUACCAGAAAAUUGGAUACGAAAACCAACAGAAAAUGGAAAGACGUUUUAUUAUCUUAAUAUCAUAACUAAGGAGGUUAGAUGGACUUUUCCUGAAGGUGUUACUACUACCGCUUCCAGUAAUUCUGAUAUUGAUGAAAAUGAUGAUAAAGCAAGUAUCGCAAGUUCACAUGACAGUCAAAUAAGUUCUACCACAAAUGGUACGAUUCAGCAAAGAUCCCGACAAGGAAAACCAUUUGACAAUGAAUCCAUAUCUAAUGGAAGUGAAAUAGCAAAUAGACUUUCACGUGAACAAUUACCUCCAAUACCCACUGAAACAAUACCUCAUCCAUUACAAAAUAUUUCGGAAUCCUCAAUUCUCAUGCUACAAUAUGCUAAUGAACAACUAACAUGGGAUUCUUUAUUACGGAGUAUCAUCUUGGCUAUUGAUCAUCUUAAUUUGGCAACCAAAGAGAAUAUGAAGCAAAAUUACCCAGAUUGUACCAAUCUCAUCGUUGAAAGUAUUAGAAUUAUGCUUUAUGCAUCUGGUGCUAUUGAAAAAGAUUCUCCUGCGAUAAGGCAAAAUAUUAAUCUAAAAGUUUUUCAUAGACAUAUAAUGGCUUCACUAUCAAAAUUAGUCCUUUCAACAAGAGUGGCUUCAAGUGUAUGGCCUCCAUCGGAUGCUGCUCAAAAAAUGAAGAAUGACGUUCAUGAAGUAUUAGUCGCCGUUCAGAAAUUUGUUGAAACCGCUAAACCUCUUGUAGUUAUUAAAAGAGUUGAUCCAAAAAUCCUUGAAAAUGUUACGGGUGGUUCUUGGCGUGGUAAUAAUUUGUUUAAAGUAAAUACAAACGGGAUUAAUGGAACGAACGGUAGAAUCCCAAAACCUCCUUCAAUUUCAUCAAAACUUAAUACUUUACUGGAACAAAGUUUUCGUACUGUAAAUCAAGCUAUUAUAUUGCUUGUCAAUCAUAUUAAAAAAGUGAUCGAUUCUCCUCAAUCUAUAAUGUCCAAUACAAGUGUCCCUUUUACCUCCCAACUUGUUUCACAAACGAGACAAGUUGCCACACAAGUUGGACAAUUCUUAUCUCUGAUUGAAGAUAUAAAUUUAGAGGAUAUGAGUGAGUCUGGUUCAAAUACAAUUAAUGAAUUUAAAAUAGCCAAACAAGCAUUAUAUAAUAACAUAGCAGUGUUAGUUAUUUGCACUCAGUCAAUAGCUGAUCCAUUAGCUCCAUUAAAUGCUUUGGACAAAGUUUUAACUACUACAAAUAUAGUGGAUAAAGCAGCAAAAGAUGUUAUUAUCGCUAUAAAAUUCCUCGUGGAAGAAAAUGAUUCUCGAGAGCAGAUGAAAUCCCGUCCAAGACGACCUACUAUAACUUCUAACUCUCUUGAUCAAAUCGUUGAAAGAAAUUCAAUUGAUAUAACAGAAGAUGAUCAAUCUAUGACUCCUAGCACAUCUCCUCCGAUUCCCUACUCAAUGACAGGUUUAGAAACUGUUCCUGAGAAUGAUGUUAUGACUACUGAUGGUGAUUCAACAGUUGUUGGUAACGUAGUUUCUUAUGAUAAUGAUACCCCAAUGUCGCCGAUAUCGGCCAGUGGAGAAUCAAUUACAAGCAACAAUCGUCCUCGUUCGAAUAGUCAAUCCCCCGUUCAACCUGCUGUUGCUUCAUCUUCGACUGCUGAAUUUUUAUCCUCUCCAUUGGAUGAAGGGACUAAAUCACCACGUAAUGAACAUAAGGUUUCAAGAUUUUUCGGUGAAAAUAUUCCUAAGCAAAAAGAAAGAGAUGAUAAACCUUGGUUCCUUUGUUAUGAUUAUGAUUCUUCCGAAAUACUAUUUAAUAUGGAAAGUUAUGUAAAAGGAGGAACUCUUGACGCUCUUGUGGAAAGAUUAACGUUACAUGAUUCUUUAGAUUCAAAUUUUAUCGCUACAUUUUUGUUGACAUAUAGAUCUUUCUGUACAACUGAUGAAUUGUAUGACAGGUUGUUUAAAAGAUUCAUGAUUCAACCUCCUGAUAGCUUAACUCGAGAAGAAUUAGAAGUUUGGCAAGAAAAGAAACAAACUCCUAUUAGAUUGAGAGUUUUUAACAUUAUGAAGACUUGGCUAGAAUAUUACUAUAUGGAUGAUGAGGAUGCACCUUGUUUAGAAAGAAUGAGAGAAUUUGCGAGCACAACAAUGAAUGAACAUAUGUCAUUUGCUUCGAGAAAUUUAAUGAAGUUAGCCGAUAAAAGGGCAAAGAUGAUAAUAACAAAUUCUGACAGGCCACCAGCACCAAUUUUACCCAAGAAUAUUAAGAAACUCAAAUUCUUAGAUCUAGAUCCUUUGGAAAUUGCUAGACAGUUGACUUUAAUAGAGAGUAAAUUGUACAACAAGAUCAAGCCUGUUGAGUGUCUGAAUAAGGCUUGGAGUAAAGAAGGUGAAGAUAAUAUCGCAGUAAAUAUUAAAGCCAUGAUCGUUAACAGUAAUCAGAUAACGGGUUGGGUAGCAGAAUCGGUUUUAAAUCAAUCAGAGGUUAAAAGGAGAUGCUUAUAUAUUAAACAAUUCGUAGCAGUAGCCGAUAAAUGUAAAUUUUUGAAUAAUUUCAAUUCACUCACCGCUAUUAUUUCUGGAUUAAAUUCCGCACCAAUUCAUCGUCUGAAACGCACAUGGGAAUUGGUUAAUGCAAAAACCAUAGCGACACUUGAAAUCCUUAAUAAGAUUAUGAAUUCUACGAAGAAUUUCGCCGGAUAUCGGGAGAUGUUACAUAGUGUAAACCCACCAUGUGUACCGUUCUUGGGUGUAUAUUUGACUGAUCUUACGUUUAUUGAAGAUGGUAACCCCAACACUCUUAAAAAAGCCCGACCAUUGAUUAAUUUCUCGAAACGCAUGAAAACAGCAGAAGUAAUACGUGAAAUUAAGCAAUAUCAAUCGGUGCCUUAUAACCUCAAUUCAGUACAAGAAAUACAAAUGUUUAUACAGUGUCAUCUGCAGGAUAGUCGAGAUGUUGGAGAUCUGUACGAUCAAAGUCUUAGUAUGGAACCAAGGGAACGCGAGGAUGAAAAAAUUGCUCGUUUAUUGCAAGAAUCUGGUUUCCUAUAA